AGGCCCAACAGCACAGAGCGUUUCCCGUGGGUGCAACAUUAGAGGCGUGUGUGGCUCAAAGCUUCUCUUUCGCAGUUUCUCUCUCUUCUUCUUUCUUCUUCACUUUCUCGCUUUAUUCCUCGUUAGAUCCUCAGUUCCCAAUCGAGAGCUUUCGUUUCUCUGAACUGAGAUGGCUGGAGGUGUUAUUCGGCAGUUAUUGAGGAGGAAACUCCAAUCUUGUUCUUCUAGUUCUUCUUUCACGUCACCCGUUAUCUCAAAGAUCGAUGGUGCCAACUCUACUGGCAGCAACUCUUUACGAGCACUUGCAUUAGUAGGAGCUGGUGUCACGGGGAUUUUAAGUUUUUCAACAACAGCAUUAGCUGACGAAGCUGAGCAUGGCCUGGCAUGUCCCAGCUAUCCAUGGCCUCACAAGGGCAUUCUCAGUUCAUAUGAUCAUGCUUCGAUUCGUCGUGGUCAUCAAGUUUAUCAAGAAGUCUGUGCUUCAUGUCAUUCCAUGUCUUUGAUAUCAUACCGUGAUUUGGUUGGGGUUGCUUAUACAGAAGAAGAGGUAAAGGCUAUGGCAGCGGAGAUUGAGGUGGUUGAUGGCCCUAAUGAUGAGGGUGAGAUGUUUACACGCCCUGGUAAACUCAGUGAUCGCUUUCCUCAGCCAUAUGGAAAUGAAGCCGCUGCUAGGUUUGCUAACGGUGGAGCCUAUCCUCCAGAUCUUAGUCUCAUCACCAAAGCUCGACACAAUGGUCAGAACUAUGUGUUUGCACUUUUAACUGGAUAUCGUGACCCUCCUGCUGGCGUUUCGAUUAGAGAAGGACUGCACUAUAAUCCUUACUUUCCCGGCGGGGCCAUUGCAAUGCCUAAAAUGCUUAAUGAUGGUGCUGUUGAAUAUGAAGAUGGCACCCCUGCUACAGAAUCUCAGAUGGGUAAAGAUGUGGUGUCAUUCCUGACCUGGGCAGCCGAACCCGAGAUGGAGGAAAGAAAACUGAUGGGAUUUAAAUGGAUAUUUGUUCUAUCACUUGCAUUACUUCAAGCAGCCUAUUACCGCCGCCUGCGGUGGUCCGUUCUAAAGUCUCGCAAGCUGGUUCUUGAUGUUGUCAACUAGCUGCUUUCAAGUUUCAUUUUUCACUUCAGGAAAGAUUAUUGUUGGCAAUAAUUGUCAGAUGCUUAAGUUGUCUCAUCAUGUCAAAUUCGUUGAUGGAGUAACCGAAAGCAUGUUCUAUUUUUAUUGAGAUAGAAAUAAAGCUCCUCCAUGUACGUGAGAUAUAGUUACUUUCACUUUUUCUCCCUUCUCUGGCCUAUGUAUUGUUACAUUGUCCAGCCUAUACUUCUAUUUUUUUUUCUCAACCUGGUAAUUGACCUGUGAUUGGGGUUCAUUUUGGUUUAUCUUAUAAGAAACAGAGACUAGGCCCUCAUGUUCCUUUUGAAGUUGGAAACAUGGUUCAUUUUUACUUCAUUGCAAUGUUAUGAUACUUGUGGUUCA